AUGGUGUCUGACGAGAAUGAAAAGAAAAGGAUUCUAAACAAUAUCAAGUUAGAGCUUCUAAAAAUGGAAAUAGCACAAGCACAAAAUGACCAAAAUGUAGAGAGUGAAUCGAUCGAAGAUACUGCAGCUCUGAAUAUAUCACAGUUUUCUGAAUGGGAAGAUGAUGCACCAAAACCAAAACAGUCAUAUGAGCAAGAAAUGGAUAAUUAUUUAAUAUGUUUUGUAGGUAAAAAUGUAGAUACCGACAUACUCAAUUUUUGGAAAAGUCAAAAUGAGAAAUUUCCAUUACUCUCUCAGUUAGCUCGCCAAACUCUCUGUAUACCAGCAUCCAGUGCAAGUAGUGAACGAGUUUUCAGUGUUUCAGGGAGAAUAAUUGAAGAACGUAGAAGUCGUCUAAAAGGAGAAACAGUCGACACACUUGUAUUUCUACAUGACUUCUUUAAAAACAUAAAAGUACUAAGUACAAGUAAUAAGUAA